AUGAGCCAAGGAGAGACUCAAACUGCUCAGGGGAAUCUGCAGGCCUUCCUGGAGAAGGUGGCGUCGUUGCUGCAGGGGGAUUCUGUAGACGUCCUCCCCACAGAGAGAAAGAGAUCCUACACAGAGUGGACAACCUACUGUGAGAGAGAUAAAGACAAGGAUGUGUCUCGUCUCAAAGGACCUGAGCAGGCAGAAGGAGCUCCAGCACAGCACGCUCCACAGGGCUCGAGCCAAGAGAGGAAGACGAGAGACGACCAGCAGCAACUCAGCAUGAUGAGACAGAGCCUGGCUCAGCUGUCUGAGAGAGAGCGAGAGUUGGUUGACUUCCGGCUGGUGGUUUCUCAGAUGUUAGGCCUGGAUGCCACAAACGGUGGAGCCACGGUGAAUUAUAAAAUCAUCAAAUUACUGGAGAGCCUGCUGCACACUCACCACCACCAUCAUCACAUUAACAUGCUGUGCCACUGUCCAGCCCACCACAGGCUGCACCACCCUCAAACCCAGCAGCUGACAGUUCUUGCCUGGAUGUUUGGACCUCCAGCUCUGCUGGCCUGGACAAUGGGGUCCCAUUGGGGUCCCAAGUGA